AUGAGAGAACGAAUGGAAAGACUGGUUCUUCUUCCUUUCACAUUUGGUUGUGUUUCUGAGUCUAGCGUUGCUGUUGGUGUACAGCCGCCCAGAAGAUCAAAAUCAGACACAAUUCCAUCUCCAAUAAGAACUAAAGAAGUAGGAGAUGAAGAAGAGGAAGAAGAUAGCUUAUCAGGUGAAAGCACGAAGAACUCAUUUAGAUCCUUGUCCCUUCCAAAACCAAACAUAUCUACCAGUGGUAUUCACAGGCUCUUCAAGGGUUUCAAGAAUAUCUCUCAGAUAUUUGUGUACAAGGAUGAUGAUAUGGAAGAAGUAAUGGAAAUGGAUAUGGAAAUAGGGGGUCCCACAGAUGUGAAGCAUGUGACACACAUAGGCUGGGAUGGUUCUGCUUCUGCUGCAUCUGCAACGACUGACCCCAUUAGGGGAUGGGAUAAUCUCAUAUCUCCUGAUCUGCUCUCUGUUUCCCCUGUUUCUUGGAGCCAAUUUGAGCUCUCUAUGCCUUCCCAAGCUGAUGUUGCAGUUCCUCUUGUUAACGGCUCUUCCUCUUAA